GCAAUCCCUGUUAAAAUGCGACAACUAUUAUUCACGUGCCCAAAUUAUCCCUAAAACAAUCUUGCACACAUAAAUCUAGCUCGAAAUUGUUCUAAAUCUGGCAAUUACUGUGGUAAUGCGGCUUGUUAAGUAAUUUGCGCAACUAUGGCGGAGAAUCUGAAUGGUUCUCAACAAAAUCCUCCAAAUAAUGCUGGGUUGUAUCUUUUGCCAAUUUCAUUAACUGGGUCGCCUUACAACAUUCUGUUAUUCCAAUCAUUUUCUGGAUUUCGAAGCGAAUUCGGUGAUACAGUUUACUAUUACAAUAUAUAGUUUGAAUCCGUCAUGUUGCAUAAUGACAGGGAAGCUCUGUUUUCGCCAACUUAUUUGAAGCUACCAUCUACUCCUAUUUCGGGAAAACCCUCCAUUAUAAUACCUUUUAGUUCCGAACUUUCCCCAUCAUUUCAAAUUCCAUCUCAUUCUGAUCUCUUUACAAAUCAUCACCAAUCUAUAACCAAACAAUAUAUAACAAGAAUAUCUAACAAAACUGAAUUUCUAAUCUGGUCAAGUAAGAUUCAUGCAUACAUUGUACUUGUACAGUGAAACUGAAUACAAUGGAAGAGAUAGUUUCCAAGCAAACCCAAUUCAUGGUUGGAUAUGAGCAAGAAGAGGAAGAGUGGGAACAUGAAGGAAGCAGUGUCUCUACAAGUAAUUCAGAGGAACCUAGUCCUCUGGGAUUAACUUUGAAAAAAACCCCUUCUUUGGUAGAACUUAUUCAAUGGAGUCUGUGUCAGAGAAGCUGCCCUGACGGUUCGGAAGAAGAAGCAAUGGAUGAGCCAAGUGAGGAUGCGAGAAGAACAAGAGAUGCAAACACUCAGGCAACAAUGAAUCAGGACAAGGACAAGAAGAAGGCUACUAACUUCUCAGCCUUAAGCUUGCAAAUUGGGGAAUGGGAGAGGGUUUCUAGAUAUGAAGGAGACUUGGUUGUAAAAUGUUACUUUGCAAAGAGAAAACUUGUUUGGGAGGUAUUGGAGGGAGGUCUGAAGAGUAAAAUAGAAAUUCAAUGGUCAGAUGUCACAGGUAUUAGCGCAAGCUGUCCUGAGAAUGGGCCAGGCAUCUUAGAGAUUCAGAUCUCCAGGCCACCAAUGUUUUCUAAGGAGUCUAAUCCCCAGCCAAGAAAGCACACGCAGUGGCAGCCUACUUCUGAUUUUACAGGAGGGCAAGCAACUCUGUACAGGAUACAUGUGUUACAGUUUUCCCCAGGAGUGCUUGACAGACAUUAUGCGAAGCUUAUUGAAGCUGACCCUCAGUUGAACAUGCUAAGUAAGAGAGGUUUCAAUGCAAGAGUGGAAUCCCCAUACUUUCAUGACACAAGAUUUGGGCCAUACAGAGAUCAAGCAGGGCAAUACUAUAGGUGGUCAUCACAGUUGGCAGAUAACAUAUAUAAUAAUUUCAAUCCGCCACUACAACUACAACCAUCUGUUUACAUCUCUGAUCAUGGCAAAUAUGAUCCCCCCCAUUUGUCAAGAAGAUUCUUCAAUGCAGAACAGAACUUUCUUUCUCUUGUCCCUGAAUUUGAACAUUUUGAUCCAGAAGAGGUAUUGCAUAAUUCUAGACAUUCAGUUUCUACAAGUGAGGAUAGUUAUUCAAUGUCCUCGAACAGAAACAGGCUAGAGGAGAUAGCAGAAUACUUGCUGGAUGACUCAUUCAUGUCAGAUGAGCACUCAGGGAUUGCGACGGAGGACUCCAUGAUGUUUCUCCACCAGGAUGUGAAUGCCAAUCGUCCUUUGCUACAAGAGAAUUGGUGGCUAGCAUGAGCAAUGUAAAAUUUAGAAAUUAGCAGUCACAAUUUGUUGAACUUUUGGAUUAAUAAAUUUUCAAUCAGUAUGUAGCCCAUCAUAUUUCAAUCAGUAUAUAGCUCAUUAUACUGAAAUCAAUAAGACCAUGGGCACAGUCCUAAACAACGUUUUGGCAGAUUGACCAUGCACCCUUUUGGGAUCCAGUUAGAAAUAAGAAAUUAUACA